AUGUUACCAACAAUCAUAGAGACAAGAAUUUAUAACAUCUAUCAAUUCAUUUACUUUGUUAAACAUUCCAAAAUAAGCAGGGGUGACAACGGUGGUACAAGCGACUCAGCGCAUCACAUCCCCUACAAUGUCUCCAUCUGUAUGCCCCGUCAAACCAACUUCACCGGCUAUCGUAACCACUUCCGCAUGCCCAGCCCCCAGUCUGGAGGUGUGGGCAACUCCGUAUUCGUUCGACAGUGGCAUGUCCGGAUGAAAUUGGAGGAAGCGAGGAAGGAUUUGAGCUCUGUGGAUCGAAACAAGGCCCCAUGGAUUAUCGCCGUCGCAGCCGGUCACCGUCCCUGGUACAUCAGCGCCAAGAACGAGAGCGGCACAGUCUGCGAAGACUGUCGUAAGGUUUUUGAGCCGAUCUUUCUCAAGCAUGGCGUUGACCUCGUGCUCUCUGGUCGCACGCACUUAUACGAGCGAAAUGCACCAAUCAGGACUUUUAAUGCUGACCCUAACGGCUUGAACAACCCCAGCGCCCCAUGCAAGUUGACUUCCCACAACCGCACGCACCUAACCCAUGAGUUUAUCAGCAGUUCCAACGGGACUGUGCUUGAUGCUGCUACUCUUUUCAAGAGCCGGGACUGCAGUGGGAAUCAUUGA